AUGGCGGCUAAACCGGUAAAAGAACCCGUUUACAAGCGCCAACGGGUAGCCCAGGCAUGCCAGCCAUAUCAUACAAUAAAAGCCAAGGCACAUACGCAGGCAAUCCCAUUUAAAUUUGCGCUAUCUAACCCUCCGCUAAGUGUGACGGUCAGAAGCCUGAGUGCGGCCGCUAUGUUCUCCCAACGCCAUGGCUUGAAUAACGAAGAUGGCCAUAAUAGAACAAGCCUCAGGGCUAUUCAUAAGCUUCAGGAUGCCAUUAAUGGCUACAAGAACUUAGUUCAUCAACUCUUAUCUAAGAAGAAGCAGGAUCACUUUAACUCAAAGGAAUUACACAAGACAGUAAAAGACCAAGCCAAAAAGGCCCUCAAUCGCAUCAUCUCUAUCACAGACUCCCGCACCGGUGACAUUGAUUCUAUCUCCGAUCUGGAUUAG